AUGACCUCCAAGAUAAAUAUUGGUUCAAAUAAUAAAACUGAUGAUGAUAAUGAUAACAACAACAAUAUAAAUCAACAACAAUAUGACGAUAGCAUUGAUGGCGAUUUUAAAGGAAAACUAUUACAUCUUUCAUGUCUUUGGAAUAAUCCUGAAUUGCUUAGCGAUUUACUUUUGGGUGAUGAGGCAGAAAAUAUUAAUUCACAAGAUUCAAAAGGUCGUACAGCUUUACAUGAAGCUGUCAUAUCGGAUAGCAUGGAAUGUGCAAGACUUUUGUUGAUGAAUGGAGCUGAUCCUAACGUUCGAUCUUAUUUCCAAUCUGAAUCGACAACUUCAUCAUCAUCAAAGAGUUGUUUACAUCUAGCAGUACAAAGAGGAAAUCUAGAUAUGGUACGUUUAUUGAUUGAAUUCAAUGCUGAUAUAUUUCUACGUGAUAAUGAUGGCAGGACUGCAAUCGAUUUGGCACAAAAUGAAAACCAUGAAAAUAUUGUAGAUGAAUUAAAAGCAGCGAUUAUCGAACAUGAAACCAAUCUUUAUAAAUCGUUAGCCAUUGCUGUGCACAAAGGCGAUGUUAAAUUGAUGUCGGAGCUCAUUUCCGAUAAAAGUUUAAAAAUUGAUGCCAAUAAUCAAUUUGAUCGGGAACGAAUUCGUUCUAUAAUGAAUUACUCAUUAAAUGGCUCAAAUACGUUAUUGUUCAAGGCAUGUCAAGAAGGUCAUUUAGAGAUUGUUAAAAAAUUGAUACAAGCUGGUGCUGAUGGCCGCACACAUCCAACAACAAAAUAUUCUCCACUUUAUAUUGCAUCCUAUCACGGAAGACUUCAUAUAUGUCAGAUAUUAUUGGAACAUUUUCCGGAAUUAUCCGCCAUUUAUACUGUUGAACAUUGGCUUCCGAUACAUGCAGCCGCAAUUAACAAUCAUCAGGAAAUUGUACAACUUUUACUUGGUUAUCCUUAUCCAAUCAAAGUUAUGAAGCCAUUUCUUACCAAUCCAGCUCCAACAAUUUCAUCAAGACAAACGACUUAUUCUUCGAAUGAAUUAUCCCAAACAAUUGGAACAAAUGUUUCUAAAUCUUCAAAGAAUUCUUCAAAUGAAGAUAAUUGUGAUAGCCAAUAUGUAUAUUGUAUGCCUUUCGAUUUAAAUGCUCAAGAUGUAGCUGGCCAAUCCGUUCUAUAUAUGGCUACAUUAGCUGGUAAUCAUUCAUUAGUGGAUUAUUUGCUCAAUUUACGAUUAAAAGCUGUCAUUUAUGAUGAAAUGAUAAUGAUAAAUUCAAAUGAUUCUUCAUUCGAUGAAGAUGAUUUUUAUGAAGAUUGUGUUAGUCGUAAUAGUACCAGUGGUAGUAGCAGUCCGGAUAUAACUGUGAUCAGUUCUCUUGAUUCAAAUAAAUCUAGUCAACGAAAAGAUACUCAACUCAGCAAUGAAAUUAAGAAGAUUUCCGAUGAUCAAUUGGAUAAAGACAAAAAUUCAUUUCGAAAACUAAUGGGACAUUUGAUUGAUAAUUCCAGUUUAGAUAAAAAUAAAACUACAAAAGAUUUUGGUCUAAAAAUUUAUCUAAUAAAUCCAAUAAAGAUAGAUAUGUAUUGCAAUCAUAAUAGAGAAACAUCUUUACAUUGUGCAGUACAAAAAAGACAUUAUUCAAUUGCAUCAUUAUUGUUGGAAAACGGUGCUUAUCCAAACAAUCCAAUAAAUGGAUUGACAGCCAACACAUCAUCCAUUAUAACUCGUGUUUCGCAUUUUAAUCACAACCUAUUCAAUCCAAGAUCAUCCAUUUCGGAAUCUGUGAAAGAUUUAAAAAUUAUAAGCAAUCAAUUGAUUGGUAAAGAUUCGAAUAAAUGUGCUGAAAAUCUGGCCCAUAAUAAAGAGAGAAAAUUUGAACCAAAUGAAUGUCGAAAUCGUUCAACGGCACUUCGUGAAGCUAUAAGAAAUCGUGAUAGAGCUAUGGUUGACUUAUUGCUUCGUUUUGGAGCUUGUGAUCAUAUUGAUUCUGGUAGAGAUUGUGAACAAGAAGAAUGUGAUUCUUUGUCAGCAUUAGAGAUUGCAUUUUCUAAUCAUGACUAUCAUUUUGUUUCAAAAUUAUUAUCACUAAAAGCAUAUCCAGAUUCUGAAUUUAAAGUGAACAAAAAAUCAUUCGAUAUAAUCGGAUCUAAUUGUAUGAAUGCAUUGAAUCGUUUUCAUAUGAUCAACAAUUUUACUGUUAGUUCAAUGUUUCCGACCAAUCCGGUAAUGGUCGAUUGGCAUUGUUUGAAAAUUAAUUCAUUAGAUGACUCAUUUCAUCACAAUCUAACACAAUGGUUGAUUGAUUCGGCAUUAGUUUAUAAUGUUAAACUUAAAUUGAGCCAUAUCCAAGAUUCCGGUUCCUGGAACACUGCUUUGGCUGCCAUUACAAGAAUUGAUCUAUCGGAAAAUGGUCUCAUAUCAGUGCCAUUGAUUUUAUUUACCGAUCUGCCAUCAUUAAAGAUAUUAAAUCUGUCUAAAAAUAAACUACAGACUUUACCGGAAAUAAAAACCCAUUCAAAAGAAAAAGCAAUCGAUGAUGAAAGUGUUUCAAACAUUUUUCGCAAUAAUGAUGAAUCGAUUUCUCCUAGUCAAUCAUCGCCGAAAACUUCAAAAACAUUCCUAUCAAGGAUGCGUAAAUCGCAAAGCGUUACCAGUGCACUGUCAACUACAUCAAGCAACAGUAUGAAACAACAUAAUAAAUAUGCUAACAAAUAUAACAAAACCCGUUCAAUCGAUGGUUCAGAAUGUUUAUGGAAUAUGCCAUGUCUUGAAGAGUUAUAUUUACAAGACAAUCAGCUUGAAUGUUUACCUUCAUCAUUGUUUCAGCAACCUGAAUUGAAAAUACUCGAUCUUUCGAAUAAUAAAUUACGUACUCUGCCACCAUUGUUUUGGUUUAGUCCAAAAUUGAGUGAAUUAAAUCUCUCAUUGAAUCUUUUGUGUGAUUUACCAUCGCCUGUGAAUUGCUUGAAUCAAAUAACAUUCGAUCCACCAUCAAGAAAUUCUAUUGUUGGUACAAUGUCAAAAAGUAUUUCAACAUCAAGUAUUUCAAGUAAUUUGUCCAUUUCUGAUCUUAAAUUGGAUGUUGAUAGCUCUGGUUGCUCAUCGCCUAUGAUAACAACAGCAGCAGCUAAAAUUUCUCAAACAAAUCUCAUACCGUUUGAAUUGAACAUUUUUAAACCAUGGUCCGGUUCUGUUACCGUUUUGAGCGAUUCAUUUCAUGAUCAAUUUGAUGUAGUUCAGAAUGUAACAAACAAUAAAGAGUCAUUACUUUCAAUAGAUGAAAAUAAACAUCAUCCAUAUCAUUUUCCAUCAUCAAGGCAAGAAUCCUUAAACAGCAGUAAUUUGAUAAAACAACAUUCUAGUUGUUCAUUAAUUCAACUUAAUUUAUCACAUAAUGGUUUUGAUCGGAUACCAUUUUUUCUUUCUUGUUUGGCCACAAGACUUACCCAUCUAAAUAUAAGCUAUAAUCGUUUGAAAACUGUUUUCGAUCCAAACUAUAUUCUCGGUCAUCUGCCACUCAGCUUGAGACAUUUGGAUUUGUCCCAUAAUCAAAUUGAUAAUUGGUAUAAUAUUGAUGAUGAUAUUGACCUGGAUUCCGAAUCUUCAGAUGAUUUAUCCAAUGGUGAAACGCGAACACUUUGUUUUCAUAAUUUUUUACGACAACAAAAAUCAUGUUUUUCACCAACGCUUCCAUCUACAUCGGUCGAUAAGUUUAUUGGUUGCCCAUAUAAACAGCAUACAAAACUAGAUAAUCUUAAAACAUUGAUUUUAUCGAAUAAUCAUUUAAAAGAAAUAAUUGUCACACGUGAAGAAUUGAUCGAAUGGAUUGAUUUUGAAUUUGUUAUCCAACAACAAGUGCAACAAAAAUCCAAGAAUAUAUUCACUUUCAAUUUAUCAUCAAGUUUCGGUGAUUCCAAUCGCCAAUCAUCCAAUUUAUCAUCAUCAAAUUUUGCGGCUCGAUUGUUCUCCAAUUUCGGUAGCCAAGAUGAUCUUCAUAAAUCGGCUAGUAUGGAAGAUAUCAAUUUGAAUUAUAAGGCUUCAAGAUAUGCAAAAUUAUUCUUUCCAAAUCUUUCAAUGUUAGACAUAGCUAAUAAUCAUGUAUCACGUGUACCAAAAACCAUAUCUUACUACUCACAAUUAUCGGUUUUAAAUCUCAGCGGAAACACUGAAUUAUCUUCAUUGCCACCAGAAAUGGGAUUACUGGCUAAAUUAUGGAAUCUUAAUACUCGUGGUUGUAUCAAUCUUGAAGAACCUAUUCGUUCAAUGAUCAAUAGUAAAUCGUAUAAAACCUGUGAUGUAAUUAGCUACCUUAAUUCAAUCUUAGAAAAUUCUAAACCUUACACAAGACUGAAAUUAAUGUUGGUCGGUUAUCAAAACAUUGGCAAAACAUCAUUACUAGAACAACUUCGUCAUGAAGGCACUGCCAGAAGAAGUCGUGCCCCACCUGAUCAUUGGGGCAAACGUAUUGGAAACAAAUCGAUGCAUAUGAAAACGACAAGAGGUUCAACUUUAUCCACUGUUGGUGUUGAUCUUUGUGAAUGGACUUAUGAACGAAAACCAUUGAAAGGUUCAAAUGUUCGUGAUCGAAGUUUAUCGCGUUCACGAAUUGUUCAAGUUAACAAUAUCAGUAAUAAAAAUUCAUUAUUGAGUAAUAAUAAUAUUGGACCAAUCACAUUUCGAACUUGGGAUUUUGGUGGUCAACGCGAAUAUUAUGCUACACAUCAAUAUUUUCUAUCAAAACGUGCCAUUUACUUGGUUGUUUGGAAAAUAACCGAUGGAGAGAAAGGAGUCAUUGGAAUGCAUAAUUGGUUGGUGAAUAUCCAAAGUCGUGCACCAAAUUCCCCAGUAAUAAUUGUUGGAACUCAUUAUGAUUUGGUUAAAGAAUUCUAUCCACCUUUUUAUGCCAAUGAACUUCAAAAUAUGAUUCGUGAUCGUUACAUGUCCGAUGCAGUUGAUGCCGAUAAACGUGGACUACCAAAGGUUGUUGCAUCAGUCGAAGUGAGCAUCAAAACCAGACAUAAUAUUCGAUUAUUGGCUAAUAUUAUCUAUGAAACUGCAAGUGAAAUGCGUUCUCCUGGUGGAAAAGAUCGAAUUCUUGAACAAAAAGUUCCGGCUACUUAUUUGGCAUUGGAAGAAAUUGUAAGCAUCUUAGCAUUGGAAAGGAAAUCGGAAAAUUUAGAACCAGUUUUACAUGCCGAACAAUAUCGACAAGAAGUUGCCCGUAUGAUGAAAGAAAGAUAUGAUUUAGCUUUUAGAGAUUAUUCAGAGUUACAGCAAGCUACUCGCUUUUUACAUGAAAAUGGUGUUCUUUUACAUUAUGAAGAUGCACAUCUUAAAGAUCUCUAUUUUUUGGAUCCUCAAUGGUUAUGUGAUAUAUUAGCACAUGUUGUUACUAUAAGAGAAAUUAAUCCAUUCGUUAAAAACGGUAUAAUGAAAACGGAACAUUUGUUACAACUUUUCAAAAAUACCCACAAUGCACCAAUGGAUGUACAGAGUUAUCUACUUAGCCUUCUUAAUAAAUUCGAAUUGGCCAUCACUUGGGAUAAUAGAACAUUAUUAAUACCAUCACUUCUUCCCACUGAGGAACAAUUACGAGCCGGAUAUCUUGGAUGGGACAUUUCCAUUCCAUUACGAUCACGACUGAAAAUUCGAAAUCAUAUAGUCAAUGAUUCUAGAAAAAAUUCCACAAAGUUUCAAUUCAAAAAUCAAUUAUUUUUUCAAGAAUUUACUGAUUCACUAGAUAAUCAAUUCAAAUCUAAUGAUGAUAAAUUGAAAACAAUUCCUUUAUGUACAGUCACCGCAACAGCCCGUCAUAAUCAAUCAAUUCAUCGUAUUCUUAUUCUUUCUUACGUACCUUGCGGAUUCUGGUCACGUUUGAUCGCUAGAGUUUUAGCUGAUGAAUCUGUAAUCGAUAUUGUUCGUUCCUUUUAUUCACUACCACCAUACGCACACAACGAUCCAUUACUUAUUGACUUUUUGAAUAAUGUCAAAACUUUCUGGCAUUGUUGGCAGACUGGUUUUGGCUUACGCUAUUUAGAUACAUUUUUAUUACGAGUAAAAGAAUUCUCAUUAAUUAAUAAUACGAAUAUAGAAUCAAAGUUUGCUUUGAGUUCGACUUGGAAAAAUUAUUGCUAUCCAUAUGACUAUAAUCGUAUCAAGUUUUAUCUUAGACAAAAAAAAGAAUCGAUCAUCAAUGACGAUAAACAAACUUCAAAAUCAUCGGAAUGGGGUGAAAUUGACAUAUCUUCACAAAGUUCAUCAUUGAUUGAAAUUUAUCUGCCAAAUCAAGCAUUACAAGUUGAAACUUGUUAUUAUCAAGAGAUGAAAAUUGAAAAUGAAAAUCGUUUAAUUAAAAACAGCUAUACAUUGGAACCGAACAUGGAGAUGCUGACAAAAUUAUUGGUCAUUAUUGUCGAACAUAUCGAUACUUUGCUGGAAGAUUGGUAUCCUUCUUUAGGCACUCGAUUUAUUCAUACUUCUGAUGGUCGAUUUUUAAUCACUCGUGUUGUUCCUUGCAUUUCGUGUUUGCAAGCAUUUUUAAACAAUAAAAACGAAACAAACAAUUCUGAUGAAGCUAAAGACUCGAACAAAAAUAAAGAAAUUUUAUCACCAGACACCAGUGAAAUUGAUUCGAAUUUGGUCGAUUUUUACAAGCUUGAAGUUAAAAAAGCAGCUUUACAAGCCACAAAUGUAUCAGAUCAGCAAAAUUCUUCUAUUUUUUCUACAAUCAAAGCCAAUACUGACACUUCAUCACACAAUGCUUCAUCCGAACUGAAAUCAGAAAACAAAAUUCGUUAUCAUCGUGUGAAUGCAUUCAUGGUUGAAGAAUGCAUACUAUCAGUUUAUGAAGAUACACGCCUUGAAUGUUUUAAUCAUGGACGAAUUCGUAUGGAUAAGAUUGCGCCAGAUUUUGUAUUUCGAGAUUUGAAAGACAAUUACCGAAUUGAGAGUGAUCAAUUGAAAUUUGGAAAACUCCUUGGAAGAGGAUCGUUUGGUUUCGUGUUUCGUGCUCACUAUCAACCGAUUCAAAAGAUUGUUCAAACAAAAAAAGAAAACAUGAUUCCUUCUACGGUUUCCAAUUCAACAUUUUAUUUACAAAAAAAUGAUCAAAAUUCUUACAAUAAAAACUAUGAAGUAGCAUUGAAAUUAUUACAGCCAAUCAAAAUUGAACUAUGUUCAAAAGGAAUUCGAAAAGCAGAUGUGGAAGCAUAUACGGCAAUGAAAUCUAAAUGGGAACGUGAUCCUCUUCAAUAUUCUUGCAAAGCUUAUUGCACUGCACGAACUGAAUUGAAUAUAUUACUCAAUCUAAAACAUUCGAAUAUUGCAUCUAUAAUUGGUAUUUGUCCUAAACCUCUUGCUUUGGUCCUAACAUUAGCUCCACAUGGUUCAUUAGACAUUCAUACAAAAGCUUAUCGUCGUUCGGGAGCUCGUAUUUCGGCCAUUAUUCUACAGAAAGCAUUUCUUCAAAUUUCAAAAGCUUUAGAAUAUCUACAUCAACAACAUAUUAUAUACAGGGAUCUGAAAUCUGAGAAUGUACUAGUAUGGUCAUUUCCUCAUCCCUAUGCAAAUCAUCCACAUUCUUCUUCAUUUCGAAUCGUUAAUCAAUCUAAUCAUUUUGGAAAUGAUGAAGUUCUCCUUAAAUUAGCCGAUUAUGGUAUUUCACGAUCGGCAUUACCAACUGGAACCAAAGGGUUUGGAGGCACUGAAGGUUUUAUGGCACCUGAAAUAAUGCUAUUCAAUGGUGAAGAAGAAUAUACAGAAAAAGUUGAUUGUUUUUCUUUCGCAAUGUUUAUGUAUGAAUUGUCUACAUUACGAUUUCCAUUUGAAGGACAAGAAUUUGCAAUACGUGAAAGUAUUUUAGAUGGAAUACGCCCUGCGAUCACUCAAAAAGAUCUUGAACAUCUUCCUGAAUCAUUUAUUGAUUUGAUGACCCGUGCCUGGGCUCAUGAACCAAGUGAAAGGCCUAACAUGUCACAAAUUGUUUCGAUAAUUUCAGCUCCUGAAUUUUGUUCACUUCGUGAUGUUGCCACGUUGUCAGAUAAUAGUGCAUUGAUUUGUGCUACUGGAUUUCAAAAAAGCGAUUCAUUUGAAAAUAAUAACAGGAAAAAAUUCGGCCUUUUCCUGAGCAAAAUUGGCAAGCAAAUUGAUUUUCUUGAAGUUGAUGGAAGCAAAUGGAAUCCGAAUGGACAGCGACUUGUUUGCGAAAAUUUAAACAAGCGUACAAUAACUAGUUCUUGUAUUGUAAAUAGUAAUCAACUUUGGCUUGGCGAUUCUACCGCUUGUAUCAAUAUAUAUUGUUUCAAUGAUGAUUCUAAUUAUCAUCAAGAUAAUGCAUUUCAAUUGCUUUGUAUGGUAAAACUUGAAUUUGAAAAUCCUGCUUCGGUCAUUGCAAUCAAAUCAAUUUGUUGGAUAGAAAAAGUUGAACUAGUCAUCAUCUGCUCAAAUAAUGGCGAAGUAUGGUUACUGAAUUUCAAAAACAUAAUGAACAAAUUAGAAACUACUAUUGAUUUAGAUGUCACUUUAACAUCAAGUUCAUUGGGAAUCAAAAAGAUUGAUAAUAAUAACCUUCCUACUUUUUGCGUUGCUAACGUAGCUAUUGAUUCAUCAAACAAAACUGUAAAUAAUAAUAAUGAUGAUACCCAAACUGGAAUAUAUUUCGAUAUCUGGUGCGGUCAAAUUGAAGGCCAGAUUGUAAUAUUAACAUUUAAACGUUCGACAUUGGAAAUUGUGAGACAAACUACAAUUGAUCAUUAUAUUGAUCGACAUUUUAAUCAAUUCAAUGUUCCUAUUGCUGAACGAAAUGAUGUAUUCCUAUUGGUCGGUACGAAUAAUCAACCAUUUGUCUUUUCUGUUUUAUAUUCAGGCUAUAUAAUUUAUCAAUGGGAUGCUCAAAAGAAAAUUAUUACUCACAAGUUGGAUUGCUCAAAACUUGCUCCUUGUUCGGAAAGUCUUAUGUCGAUUAGUAUUGAAGAUCAUCUCAAACCUGGAAAUUGUCGAAUCAGUGAAAUAGCUAUCAAUGAAGAUAAUGAUGAGAUCUAUGUUGGUACUAAUUUUGGUUGCAUUAUUGUUGCCGAACUAAAAUCACUUAAACCAAUCACUGUAUUUCGGCCAUAUCAACGUGAAGUAAAAUUUAUAAUUACAUUGAAUAAUUACGGCAAUAAAAUUCACCAUACAAUGAUAAAUUCAACCAAUGACGAUGAAUCUCAUCAUGAACAACGUUUGGAUAAUAACGAAACGAAUGAUAACAACAAAGAAAUUCGAAAUAAAGAUUUCUCAUUAUCAUCUAUUAGAAAUAUUUGGCCAUUUAAUAAAUCAACGAAUAAUAACGUUACGAGUCCAACAGUUGAUAGUAAAAAGACAUCAAUGAAGCCACCGUUAAAUAAUGAUAACAAAUUGAAAAAUAUUCUACCGAAAAAGAAAAACAUUAAACCAUUCGUUACAAUUGGAAGAGGUUAUCGAAAUUUACUGGACAGAUUUACUUGUUCUUCAAAUCAUCAUGAAUCAUCGCCAAGGAAUAACGACAUUUACAGUGAUUCCAAUAAAAAUAUCAAACUAAAAUAUGCCAGUCAAUUUCAUGCCAUUAUCUGGGAUUCUGGUUUUUGGAAUUUUUCAUAAUUUUUCAACAUUUUUUUCUAUUGUUCAACAAAAAAAAAAACUUUUCCAAUACAAACAAAUAUUUUUCUCUCAUACAAACAUACCUAUCCACCGAUUCACAUUACUUUGUUAUUUA